AGAGAGCGAUCGCAGUACAAUCAGUACAAUGAAAAUAGUUGUCUGCACUUUGUGGGAGUGGCAAGCUCUCCAAGGGCUGCCCAGCACCGCUGUGUCAACAAAUGCCUUCGCAUUGGAAGGAUAAUGCGGAGAUAACACGAAGUACAGGCGCAUAGGUUUCAGACAGUCUGUUAAAAAAUACUUGAUGGUCCCGCGAUUAUCAGGUGCAAUAUGAAAUGGUUGGCUGUUGAGGCGGCGGUGUGUACCAAGACGUGAGUCAUGGGGCCGUUUCUGCGGCGGUGUCCUGCUACCCUGCUGCUGCUCGCGGUCAACGUCUGCGCGACACCCCGGCGACCAAACAUCGUAGUGCUCCUCGCCGACGACCUCGGUUACGGUGACGUGGGCUGCUUCGGCAACAACACUAUAUCCACGCCGAACAUAGACAGGCUGGCGCAAAAUGGAGCCGUGCUGACUCAGCACACGGCAACCGCAGCCGUUUGUACUCCAAGCAGAGCAGCGCUGCUCACGGGCAGGUACCCUGUGCGCUCAGGCAUGGAAAGCUACUUUAAGAACAAGGUGUUUAUAAUAGUCGCAGCAAGUGGUGGGCUACCUGCAAAUGAGACUACGUUUGCCAAGGUUCUUCAACAGCAAGGUUACAUCACAGGAUACAUAGGCAAGUGGCACCUGGGUUUGUACUGCACGUCCAAGAAGGACCCCUGCCACCACCCGCUGCGUCACGGUUUCGACUACUUCUACGGUCUACCCCUGACGAACCUCAAGGACUUCGGCACCAACAGCGGCAGUGUGGUCACUACAUAUGUUCCCAAUCUCUUCCGCUUCUGCUACACCGCUAUGGCGCUCAGUGCCGCUUUCUCCUACUUGCUCCUCCGCAACGGAAGACCAGUCCUUGCAUCGUUUGUGUUCACCCUCUUCUUCCUCGACCCCGCCGCACUUAUUUUCUUCAUCAAGAACAUCCCAACACUCAACGGCGUGGUUAUGCGCAAUUUCGACAUAGUUGAGCAGCCCAUUCGGCUGCCAGGCAUGACGCAGAGACUUGUCGCCGAGUCCCAGCAGUUCGUGCGCUCCGCAGUCGCAGAAGGGAAGCCCUUCCUACUCUUCCUCUCCUUCGUCCACGUGCACACGGCACUGUUCUCGCACCCGUUCUUUGCCGGCAAGAGCGCACACGGCCGCUACGGUGACAAUGUUGAGGAGCUGGACUGGGCCAUUGGCAAGGUUACAGAACUGUUGCAGGAGACGGGCCAGGCAAACAACACUUUUGUCUACUUCACUUCUGACAAUGGCGGCCACAUCCAAGAGGUUGGAGUAAAUGGCGAGAGGGAAGGUGGCCACAAUGGCAUCUUCAGAGGCGGAAAGACCAUGGGAGGGUGGGAAGGAGGAAUACGUGUGCCCACAGUGGUUUCCUGGCCGGAACGCAUUCCUCGUGGCCACAAGAUUGAGGUGUCAACAAGCCAGCUCGACAUGCUGCCCACGCUGCUGGCACUGGCUGGGGCAGAGCCUCCUCGGGAUCGCAUCAUAGAUGGCAGCAACAUACUCCCGCUGCUCCGCAAUGAGUCCGCAGCUCACUCGCACGAGUUCCUUUUCCACUACUGCGGCAUUCAUAUCCAUGCUGUCCGCUAUAUGCCUCGGGAUGGUUCUGGAGUGUGGAAGGUGCACUUCAUGAGCCCUGACCCCACCCUCUGCACGUACGUCUGCCACUGCUAUGGACAUUAUGUGCUGCGGCAUGACCCACCGCUUGUCUAUCACCUGAACUCCGACCCGUCCGAGUCACGGUCGCUUAGUGAAGGCGACGAUCCACGCGUUCCGCGGGUGGUGGAGGCUGCCAGGGCAGCGGUGGCGAAGCACAAGGCGUCAAUGCAGGGCGUACCGCAGCAGUUUGACUUUCUCAACUCAGUCUGGCGUCCGUGGUUGCAGCCGUGCUGCAGCUAUCCGUUCUGCUCCUGCCGAGAGAACUUCACGCUCGCAGCUUCCUUAUGAGCUGAGCUCACAGCAACGCGUAGGUGACCUGUACAAAUUCGUGUAGUGUAGACUCCAAGCGUGUGGGUGACAUCAGUGCCCUACAAGAGGGGGACAUAUUUUUAGAAUUUUAUGACUGCUCUCAUGUCUGUAUUUAUGCACUGACGCAAGAGCUUUGAAGCACUUUCUACCACUGUUCCUGGAUGACUGGCAGCUGUGGUGGCAAAAAGUGCUGGGAAAUUUACGCGGAGCAAGUGCACUUAUUUUGAGGUGCAAAUCUUAUCCUCGUAUCUUGUUUCUGGUAUAGAUAAUUGUUGAAAGUGAAGCUUUGUUGUUAGCGCUUUUUGGUUGUUGUUAUACCUGUUUUUGUGGUAUUUGAAUGGUGUCGAAGAGGCACCACAUACAUGAAAUGUAGCACAAUCAUAUGUUGCUAAACUCUGCAUUAACAUAAAAUUGCUGAUGUGAGGAACAUCCUCGAUAGCUAUCAAAACACGUUUUGAUUUGUGGCUUUCCAGGAUAUUGCUGCACCAAGGUAUUUGGGCAUAGGAAUCUCUCUCACUAAACAAUGUUGUAUCAAUCCUGUGAGGCUCUCCAUGAUAUCAAUGCCUCUCAAGCUGAACAUAAAGUGACAGCUGCAGAGGGUGUUGCAGCUGUAUGCGACAAUGUUAUUUGCAUAGGUAACCACUACGUGGUUUUAAUCAGCAAUGGCAUGGAAUGUAUUUCCAACAUAUUUUCAAUGUUGAGUUAGGAUGCCCGUUUCACACCACGCAAUACGUAAGCUGUAUUCAGGGCUGUAUCUUGUUUUAUCUAUUUAUAACUUAAAGUGGAAACCGCACAGAGUGCAAGACAGUUUAAGCAUUACAUGGUAGAGAAUAGGCGUAUUUCCGUGUUGUCAAGGGCCCAGACAUGCGAGAGAUGGGCCAUGCUUUCCUGACCCUUGUGCGCAUGUGUGAUUUACCAGAAACACCUGGGGACUGUGUCUAGGUACCGCAGAGGAGGAUGUGCCCGGUUUAUCCCUGGCGGAGCUGCACUACGCGACCACAGAUAAAUACUCUAGAAUACGCUCCACUCGUAGUUUCGUGGCCUAGUAGUCACAGCACUGCACUCACGAUUGGGAGGUCUGACAUUCGAAUUGCGUACUCUAUGUUUUUGAUUCUUUUUCUUUGCUUUAUAUGUAUCGUUAUAUCAUUUCCCCAUUCUACUUCUGCAGUAGUUGUCUGUGACCUAUGCUUCACCACCAGGCCUGACACGGAGGGUUCCUGCUAAAGGGAGUGAAACGACCCGGCGCGAAGUAUGUGUUUGAGUGUGCCUCUAGUGAUCGCAGACCAAUGAAUAAUGGUACAUUGCUAGUAUGGGUGUGUUGUAUUGUAUGCUUCGCCAUUGCAGAAUCUGUGUUGGCUGCCGUGAUCUCACCUGGACGCAAAUGCCAGUUCUGGCGUAGUGUGCAUUGCCAUCAGCUAGGGAAGGAUGGAGCAAAGCGCAUCCCCCUAGCCGCAGUCCCCAGAUUUCUCUCUCACAACUCAUACAUGCGUACAAGUGUCAGGCAAAGGCGGUGCAACUCUCACAUGUUUGUGCUCUUGACAAAAUAGAAAUACGCUGAGAAUAGAUGCAAUUGCGCCUUUCUGAAAGUGCAAAACUAUGUGGUUGUUUUUAUUUUACCUGUUUUUAAUACUGUUGUCACAUGGGCACAUUUGAUUGCCACUGAGCAUGAUUGUCAUUGAAUUUCUGAAUCAAUGGGCACCUUUGCGCAAGCUGUGUGAAGGAGUGAUUGAGAGAGAGAGAAUUUCUAACCUUGUCAUUGUCUUCAUUUCAUGCUCGUUAAUACUUCUCUAUGAAUACAAACCAACCAGCCCAUCAAGGAGCAGCUGCUUACCUAGUCUGUACACAACCACAGUGCAAACGAUUAAUGUGACAUACACAAACACACACACAGAAACACACACACACAGUGUUGUUCCACCAGUAUUGUUUCUUUUGCCCAUUCCAGUUAGAAAAAAAGAAGUAUGUUUCUGGCUCGAUACUCUAGUCCGGAAUGGCUGUAGUUACAGGGACCAUCUGCCUUUCUCACAUAACUGCUCACAAAACACUUGUUGUAGGUACGACCUCACUCCGUGGGUAUCCUUUAUUUCCACACUAUCUGGUUGCUGCAAAUGUUAUGUUUGAUUACACAUUAUUUUGUGAUUUUAUAAUAAACAUUUAUUUUACUGCA